CUACUUUGUAUCCGGCGGGGCCCCUCCCCCGCCCGAGCGGCGGCCACAUUGUAUCCAGGGCAGUGGCCUCCACCUGCUGCCCGGCAGCUACAAAGUAUCCACCGCAGCUUCGUUGCCGCUCGGCCGGGAGGGCUCCCGUGGGACCACACAACCUGUAUUUCUGGGGAGCGGGGCUUUCUACUGUGAGACUACAUAGUAGCCACCGCGGGUGUGUGUGUGUGUGUGUGUGUGUGUGUGUGUGUGUGUGUGUGUGUGUGUGUGUGUGUGAUUGUCUCUUCCACUUCACCCUCCCCCACCUCCCGCCGUGGCUACACAGCAUCCGAACCCGCAGCUUCGUCACAGCCAACGACGGCUAGAGGAGCUCGGACAGGGCCUGAGGGCCAGCCGCUGCGUAGUAGAGGCCGCCGCAGUCACAGUUCGACUUAGCAUGGACUACCCCUCUAUACCCAGUUGCCUUGGGAACAGAGAAGGAACACAAGAAGCGGGCUGCGCAUGCGGCUCCGAGGCUUUUUACCAGCCCUACCACGUCACCCGCCCCUUUCCCCUGGGGCCCUGGAAACUACAAUUCCCACAAAGACUUGCGGCUUGCGGUUGGGGCGGAGGUUAGGACAAAUACGCCCCUUCCCAUUGGCUCAGAAGCUGGGAGCAGGCUAUUGGCUACUGGCGCGGGGCAAGAAGGAAAACACAAGCUCGGAUUGGCGAAGAAUGAAGGCGAGGGGGUGGUCCCGGAAAUAGCAGCGAAACUGGAGGGCAGACCCACGUGGAGGUGUGGGGUGCCCCGUGGGGUCCCGGAGCGGAUCCUAGGCUCGGACCCGAGGCCCGGCGGCCUCUGCUGUAGGAGGUGACAUGGAAGACACUUUCAGCAGCCCAGCAGGGGCCGCCCUGCAGCGAGAGGCCGGGGUCCCGGAGCCACUGACACCCCUCACGGAGCUGGGCCGCACGUAUGAGCUGGAGCGGGUGCAGGCCUUCGUUCUGGAGCACGAAGCCAAGCGGGUGGCCCUGCAGUUCCCAGAUGAACUCCUAGGAGACAGCGUGGCUGUGGCCCGGACCCUGGAGGAGAUGACAGGAGCCAAGAUCUUUGUUCUGGGCGACACGGCCUAUGGCAGCUGCUGUGUGGACGUCCUGGGGGCGGAGCAGGCUGAGGCCGACGCCCUGGUGCACUUUGGCCCCGCCUGCCUGAGCCCGCUUUCGGGCUCCCUGCCUGUCACCCACGUCCUGGGCCAGCGCCCGGUGGCCCUGGAGCGGUGUGCAGAGGCCUUCAGAGCCCUGCAUCCGGACCCUGCGGAGCCUGUGGUGCUGCUGAGUGAGCCAUCCUGUGCCCACGCCCUGGAAGCCUUAGCUGCUCUUCUUCGUGCCCAGUACGAGGACAUCGUGGUCUCCCACCCGGCUCUGCCCGCUGUUGCCCCGGGCUGGGAUCACCCACCCUUGGAGCGUUUUGGGCGCUUUUUCCCACUGGGCCCUGGGCGGCAGCUGGAGGACUACGGGGCCUUUUAUGUGGGGGGCUCUGAGAAUUCAGACAGCGGCGGGACUGAGAUGACCCCAGACUUGCUCCAGCUGCUCCUGGGCUGGACCCCCAGCCGCCCCUUCUCUUCUUGCCUGCCAGACUCGGGACGGGCCCAAGCUGAGGGCCCCCGGGCAGUCCGCGUCAGAGCACGGAGCCACUAUCUGGUGGAACGGGCACGGGAUGCCCAAGUGGUGGGACUGCUGGCAGGUGCUCCGGGGGGGGCAGGGCACCGAGAGGCUCUGGGCCACCUUCGGAAACUGGUGCAGGCUGCUGGCAAGCGGGCCUACGUCCUGUCUUUGGGCCGGCCCAGCCCCGCCAAGCUGGCCAACUUCCCAGAGGUAGACGUCUUCGUGCUCCUGGCCUGCCCCUGGAGGACCCUCGACCGACCCCAGAGUGGUGCCAGCAGAGGCUUCUUCCGGCCGAUGCUCACCCCUUAUGAGCUGGAAGUCGCCUGCAACCCGGCUCGGGGCCUACUGGGGCUAGGGCCUUACCUGACUCACUAUUCUGACCUGCUGCCAGGCUCCCCCUUCCACGUGCCCGUCCCGCCCCCGGAGUCUGAGCUAUGGGAUGCACCCGACGUGUCACUCAUCACUGGAGACCUGCGCCCCCCACAGGCGUCGGCCCCAGCCCACGCCUCCGACAGCCUAGAGACCUCAGCCCUGAGCCAGCGACCCCGACUUGAGCUCGCCGAGAGCAGUCCAGCAGCUUCCUUCCUGGCUUCCCGAACUUGGCGGGGUUUGGAACCUCAGCUGGGCCAGACGGCACCGAUGCGGGCGGUGGCUGGGAGACGCGGUGUGCCCAUUGCCUAUGAGGAUGAGCCUGGCAGCUGAGGAGCCUUGGGGCCAAGUGGGACUCCGAGAAGAGACCCUGGCACUCCUCGAAAGAGCGGAUCCCAGGACUGCCCAAGGUGCCAGUAGCCAGUCUGGCGGAAGUAAGCAGGCUCGCGCCAGGCUGGCCUUCCUGCUCUCUGUCCCCCUCUAUUGAUGACUGAAUGCAAUGGGGGGGAAGGAACAAGCAUUUAUACAGAACUUACUGUGUGUGAGGCACUGGGUGGCUCCUGUGUGAUCCUCACAAUAACCCUGAGAGCUAUGGGCUGUUGUUAUCCCCAUUUUACAGAUGAGAAAACUGAGGCAGGCAGCAGUGAAGUGACUUGCCCAGAAUCACACAGCUAGUAAGUGUCUGAGGUCAGCUAUGAACUCUGGUUUUCUGACUCCUGACUAACAGAGUCCAAGAUUAAGGUGACCCCCAAACUGAACACUGUCCCUUUAGCUGCUGCUGUCUCAUGGGAUUGUCCUCUUGGUGUCCCAGAGCAUUGAUCAGGCACCUACUAUAUAACUCUCUGUCAGGCCCUAUGCCAAAUGUGUAAAGAACGGAAACACCAGGGAACCCUGCCCACAG